AUGCCUGUCCGUCCCUUACCCCGUCCCGCCCCCAGGACGGUCUUCGUCACCGGCGCAAACGGCUACAUCGGCUCCGCGGUAUGCCGAUCCUUUGCCCGCGCAGGCUACCGAGUCUACGGGAUGAUCCGGCGUGCCUCGUCCGCCCCAAGCCUGUGGAGAGUCGAGGCAACGCCGGUGCAGGGCUCCUUCGACGACGCAUCGUGGGUCGACACACUGAUCUCUACGGCCUCCACGUUCGACGUGCUGGUCAACUGCGUCGAGUCCUUCCCGGACUACGAGGCGCACUACGAGAAAGUCAUCAUGGUCAUGCUUCGUCUGGCGCGGGCGAGCAACGACAAAGGCGUGCGACCCCUGCUCCUCUGGACGUCCGGAUGCAAGGACUACGGUCUCGGCUCUGUGCGGGCUGACGGCUCGGUGCCCCUUCACACGGAGGAGACAGUCGAGGACCCGCCCACAGAGGCCAUCCGGCAGAGGGCGCAGACGUCCCGCCGCAUCUACGAGCACGCCGACGUCCUCGACGGCGUGCUGCUGCGUCCGACCUCCGUCUACGGUUACUCGAGCAGCUACUACGCCACGCUGAUGGACUACGCCGACGACCAGCGCGGAAGCGGUGCCCAUGUCCUCCCUCUCCCCGUCGACCCGGAGACGCCCAUGCAUGCCUUGCACGUCGACGACUGCGCGGAGGCGUACGUCGCGCUUGCGGAGCACGGGGACAGGUCUGCUGUCGCGGACCAGACGUUCAACAUCUCGUCGUACAGGUACGAGACCGCUCGGGAGAUCGGAGAGGCCCUCGCCAAGGGUUACGGGUUCAGGGAUGGUGUCGUCUUCCCCCCCGUGGAUGAGGCCGGUGAUCAGUUCCCUGCCAGCGUGGCCUUUACCUUCGGUUUCCCUCAGUGGGUGGCCAGUGAGAAGAUUCGUAACCUCACGGGGUGGCGUGAUCGCAGGGCCCUCUUCACCGAGGACAUCGACACGUAUAGACGGUCGUAUGAGGCUGAGAAGGCCAGGGGGCACGAGAAUAUUGAUCUAGCUCGUGAUAGGCUGGCCAAGAUCGGCACCAUGGAGGUCGGGAGGGAGUGA